UGGACACCCCGACUUCUUUCGUUACAGAGGCCAGUAGCGUCAGCAACGAUUCGGCUUUUGUAUCGCCGCUCAAUACGCCGAUAUCGGUUAACCGAUCGCGCCAUAAUUCAGCCUCUAAUCUGCUGGUCAAUCGAGUUCGUCACUGAUCCGGAGCCUCAAUUACAGUCCGUCACACGCCAUAUGCAACGCCUUCUCUGAUGAAUCACGGUCAAGAUGGACUGUUUAAUGCCUCUGUGCGCUCACGUCACAGUUCCUGUGGAUCACCUUCAUUGCCUCGAUCCGCACCUCUGUCGCUUCUCGUUCAAUCCUUCCCGCAACAGACGGAACCAAGAGGAAGUGAGCGCAUCUGCAAAGAUUUGCGUCAACGCCAUGUUUCGGCCAGCGUAGUUCUGGGUUUGAGUCCUCACCAAAUAUCCGCUUCCGGCCUAGUCCAGACCACGCUUAACAAUGCUGUGCCACAUCUAUGGGGUAGCGACCCACUCGCCCAAGAGAUCGAGGGUCUUCUAGAUUCAGCUCCGAGCAUUGUCAAUGACUCGGUCAUGAAUCGCUCACAGUCUGUCCCGCCUCACCGCAUGUUCCAGCAAUUCCAGUCUCAAGUUGGACAAGGCUAUGCGACCGCGUCGCAACCCAGCACGCCCUUCGCUUGCGGCAGCAGGAAUUCCACGUACAACGCAUCCGCCACCAGCAGCCCGUACAGCUACACGGCCACGCCCGUACCCGCCGAAUGGAACGAUUUCAAUUCGAAUGCCAACAAUGGCGAUGCAGGAACGGAGGGCUUCGUUCAGCUCGAUGCUGCCCAACAGGAGUUGGAAAACUUCCACGAGAUCAUUAGCGAAGUCUACGCCAACAAUCAUCAGGAAUUGGCUCCGUGCCUCGAUGGAUUGGGUGCGGAAGCCUUGCAAGAUCCUUCUUCCGCCAAUUUUUCCCAAAUUAAUUUUCAAGGAUCUAAUUCUGCCGUAACCAAUAUGGAUUCCGAUCUUUCGUUCAGUUGUUCGGACAAUGGCGAUGGCUACCCUUUGUCGGCGUUGAGCGAUUCCGUGACACUACCGGGAUUGUUGGAUCCAGAAGAUUUGGCCGCAACUCUGGUAGCUUUGAAAGAAGCUCCCGAAUUGAAUCGACUGGUCCAGGAUGUGGCCGAUGGGCAGCAGUCUGUCGCUUUACCACAAGGCAUGUGAAUCAACGCACCUAUACUGAAGAUCCCCUAGUCCAGUCAGCCGCUCUCUCUCCUGCUCAACUCUUGAUUUACUCUUUUUUUCAUUCUCUAUUUUUUUUA